AUGGCUCUUCUCAGGACCUCCAAUUCCAAAUCACUAGUUUCUCUCUGUUGCUUUGUCUUGCAAGUUGUAAUAGUGUUAUGCAUGAGCUCUGUUGUAAUAUGGCUAAGUUUGAGGCCGAAGAUCCCCGUUUACAAGGUCACUAAUGCUUAUGCUCCAGCUUUAGAUAGAUGGAAUUCAACAUUUCAUCUCAACCGAGUUUCCAAAAACAACUCUAUUAGCCUUCAACUUGAAAUCUCAAACCCCAAUAAGCGAAUUGGCGUCUACUACAAUGAAAUCAACGUAACUCUGUGUUCCGGUAAGUCUGUAAUCGGCACCAAGACCCUGCCGGGUUUCUUUCAAGGCUAUAGAAAUUCUACGGCAGCCAAAGUGUUGGUAGAUGCAGACCAGAAGACCUGGAGAGGAGUUAAAGUGAAGCAUAUGAAUUUGACAGUUCGUUUGGAAACUGCGGUACAAUAUAAGAUAUUCAGAUACAAAACAAGGCAUCACUUGAUGGACUUUGAAGCAUAUAUUCCCAUCGGAUACGACGGAAGAAUGUUAGGAAAGGAGAAUGUAAAGAUGCAUCCAAGAGUAUAGCAGUAAAAAUCAUACUACUCCAAGUUUUUAUCCCAAAAAUUUGGACUUUGCUACAUGAGUAUGUGUCAACAAGAACCCACCCAAGUGUAUUCAUUUCGCCGUUCAUUUCUAUCUGGGAUUAUACUUUGAUAAAUACUUACUGAAUCGAUAUUAUUUCACACUACUUCAAACAAUGUCUUCCUUAGGUUUACAUCUUUGCCUUGUACUCUCUCCUAUCAAAUCCCCUCUAUGU